AUGAUGAGAAAAUGUUUGCUGCUGUUGAUGUCUCUGGUGUAUUGUAGCAUCCAUACUGAGGGUGUCUUUCAGUCCUCACUGGUUCUGGACAUGGCCAAGCUUCUGCUGGAUAAUUACUGCUUUCCUGAAAACCUGGUGGGGAUGCAAGAAGACAUUGAACAAGCCAUCAAGAGUGGCGAAAUCUUGGACAUCUCAGAUCCCAAACUUUUGGCAACUGUUCUGACAGCUGGGAUGCAAGGAGCUUUGAAUGACCCUCGGCUCGUGAUCUCUUAUGAGCCCUCAGCUCCUGCUUCACCCAAGCAAGAAACAGAGGCUUCUCCAACACCAGAGCAGCUCUUAAACCUUAUCCAGCAUAUAGUAAAGUCUGAAGUGCUGGAUGACAACGUGGGCUAUCUGAGGAUUGACUACAUCAUCGGCCAGGAUGUUGUGCAGCAGAUUGGUGCUUUCCUGGUGGAAAAAGUGUGGCAGACUUUGAUGGGGACAUCAGCGCUGGUACUAGAUCUGCGUUAUUCCACAGGAGGGCAGAUCUCAGGCAUUCCAUUUAUUAUCUCCUACUUGUACAAUGAGGACAAGGUGCUGCAUGUGGACACCAUAUACAAUCGGCCCUCCAAUACCACUGUGGAAAUCUGGACCUUGCCAAAGGUGCUGGGUGUGAGGUAUAGCAAAGACAAGGAUGUCAUCUUGCUGACAAGCCGACACACCACUGGAGUGGCUGAAGAUGUCGCCUACAUCCUCAAGCAAAUGCAUAGGGCCAUAUUAGUGGGAGAGAGAUCAGCAGGAGGUUCAUUGGAUGUCCAGAAGUUACAAAUUGGUGCUUCCCAAUUCUACAUGACAAUUCCUGUAUCACGUUCUGUGAGCCCAUUGAAUGGCAGUGGGCAAAGCUGGGAAAUCAGUGGGGUGAUGCCCUCUGUAGCCACCUCAGCAGAGCAAGCUCUGGAUAAAGCUCUGGCCAUUCUUUCACUACGCAAAGCUCUUCCUAGCAGUAUCAGCCGCUUGAUGGACAUCCUGCAGAACAACUACUCCAUGAUAGAGAGGGUGCCCACACUGCUGCAGCAUCUCUCCACUUUUGACUACUCCUCCAUCCUAUCAGUAAAGGACCUGGCUUCCAAGCUCAAUUCUGAACUGCAGACCAUGUCUGAAGACCCACGCCUCUUCUUACGUGUCACCACCUCAGGUGAAGCGGCAACUACACCAGUCAAGGAGCACAUUGCCAUGGCUACUGACUUACCUAACAACGAGCAACUUAUGCGAGCCCUGGUAGCCACUGUUUUCAAGGUGUCUGUAUUACCAGGAAAUGUGGGUUAUAUGCGCUUUGAUGAGUUUGCUGAUGCUACAGUGCUGGUCAAGCUAGGGUCCUACAUUGUACAUCACGUCUGGGAGCCACUGCAAGCAACUGAUAAUUUGAUCAUUGACCUGCGCUACAACCCCGGUGGACCAUCCUCAAGUGCUGUGCCAGUCUUGCUUUCUUACUUCCAAGACCCAUCUGCUGGCCCUGUGCAUUUCUUCACCACCUAUGAUAGGCACACAAACCAGACCCAGGUUCACAACAGCAGGGCUGAAAUGCUAGGCAAACCCUAUGGGGCACAGCGUGGCAUCUACCUACUCACCAGCCAUCAGACAGCUACGGCAGCAGAGGAGUUUUCCUACCUUAUGCAGUCCCUUGGCCGUGCCACCCUGGUUGGUGAGAUUACCGCCGGCAGUUUAUCCCACAUACACACCUUUUGCAUCUUGCCGCUAGGGUUGGGUGCAAAUUGUAGUGUCCUUAUCAAAGUGCCAGUCAUCACCUUUAUUGAUAACCAUGGGGAGUGUUGGCUUGGUGGUGGGGUGGUGCCUGACGCCAUUGUACCAGCUGAUGAGGCUCUGGAGAGGGCAGAAGUAAUCUUGGAGUUCCAUAAGGGUAUGGGAGCACUUGUUGAGGGAGUUGGACAAUUGCUUGAGGCUCACUAUGCAAUCCCAGAAAUGGCCAGACGGGUCAGUGGCAUGAUCCAUUCCAAGUUGGUCCACGGUGGGUAUCGCACAGUAGUGGACUUUGAGACCCUUGCCUCUCAGCUGACCGCUGACCUUCAGGAAGCCUCUGGGGAUCACCAGCUGCAGAUUUUCCACAGCCAUGUAGAGCCUUCCCCAGAGGAGCACCUUCCCAACAAAACCCCCACCCCUGAGGAGUUGAGCUAUAUAAUUGAAGCUCUCUUCAAGGUGGAUGUGUUGCAAGGCAAUGUAGGAUACCUGCGCUUUGACAUGAUGGCUGAGGCAGAGACAGUGAAGGCCAUUGGGCCGCAACUACUGCACAUGGUUUGGGACAAGCUAGUGGAAACUGAUGCUCUGAUUGUCGACAUGCGCUACAACACUGGCGCCUACUCCACUGCUGUGCCCAUCUUCUGCUCCUAUUUCUUUGAUGCUGAGCCCCAGCAGCACCUCUACACUGUCUUUGACCGUAGCUCUUCUCAGAGGACUGAGGUGUGGACUUUACCCCAAGUGUCUGGCAAACGUUAUGGCUCAACUAAGGAUGUUUAUAUCUUAAUUAGCCAUGUGAGUGGCUCAGCUGCUGAAGCGUUUACACGCUCUUUGAGGGACCUGAAUCGUGCCACUGUAAUUGGGGAGCCUACUGUGGGUGGUUCACUUUCUGCAGGGAUUUACCACAUGGGCAGUAGCCCUCUGUAUGCCUCCAUCCCCAGCCAGGUGGUGCUCAGUCCAGUCACUGGUAAAGUGUGGAGCUUGUCUGGGAUAGAGCCACAUGUCACCACCCAGGCUAUGGAAGCCAUGGCUUCAGCCCAGAACAUCAUUGCCUUGCGCACAAAGUUGCCCAGUGUGCUGCAGACAGUGAGCAAAUUGGUGGCUGACAAUUAUGCCUUUGUUGAUAUCGGGGCUACAGUGGCAAGCAGGUUUGCUGACCACAUCAAUAAAGAUACCUACAGAAAGAUCAAUGGCGAAAUGGAACUUGCUGAGAAAAUGGCAGCUGACCUAAAAGCUCUUUCUGGAGAUAAGCACCUGAAAAUAACCUACAUUCCGGAGCAUUCAAGGGACCGCAUCCCAGGGAUUGUGCCCAUGCAGAUCCCUUCCCCAGAAAUGUUUGAAGACCUCGUUAAGUUUUCUUUCCACACCAAUAUGUUUGAGAACAACAUAGGCUACUUGAGAUUUGACAUGUUUGGAGACUGCAAGCUUUUGUCCCAAGUCUCUGAGCUGCUAGUUGAACAUGUCUGGGAGAAGAUUGUCCAUACAGAUGCAUUAAUCAUAGACAUGAGAUACAAUAUAGGGGGCCCCACAACCUCUGUAGCAGCUCUGUGUUCCUACUUCUUCGACGAAGGACACCCAGUUCUUUUGGACAAAGUGUACAACAGACCAAAUGAUAACACCAGUGACAUUUGGACCCAUUCCCAGCUUACAGGUAUGAGAUAUGGCUCCAAUAAGGGUUUAAUCAUACUCACCAGCUCUGUGACUGCUGGUGCUGCUGAGGAAUUUGUGUACAUCAUGAAGAGACUGAACAGAGCCGUCAUCAUUGGACAAAGGACCAGUGGGGGUUGUCACCCACCUCAAACAUAUCAUGUGGAUGGCACCAACCUCUAUAUCACCAUCCCAACUUCUAGAUCCACCAUUUCUGUUGCUGACACCUGGGAGGGUGUAGGAGUGAGUCCUCACCUGGCAGUUCCUACUGAGGUGGCACUCAUCAAAGCAAAAGAAAUGCUCAGUGCACACCUCCACGGUUCCAGCUAA